AGGUUGAAAAAAAAAAAACAACCAAAACACAGAGGCUAGCACAUCGCUGUAAUGAAACUAAAACAUGAACCAAGAGUUUCACCGAAACCAAAAUGUGUAGCUUAAAAUUUUGGGUUGUGAAUUAGCUGACGACGCGAGAGCUAAUGUUGGCGAGCUAACCGGCCUCAAACAUCAUGAAUUUAAGAGGACUAUUCCAGGAUUUCAAUCCCAGGUAACGUAAACUGUGACUUAGCAUUGAGCUAGCUGGUUAGCACUGCUAGCCUGGGAAGCGUUUGGUGCGACCGAGUGCUACAUCGUGCUAAAUAUGUCAUUUUAUGAAUGUGUGAAUACAAGACAGGCCUCUUCCUGUUAGCCGGACAAACGCUACACGUUAUGAAGUUAGUAUAUUGACCGUAGGUGAAGCGAAAAGAGUGAUUUUGACAUAGUUGGGCCCAGCUGAAGGAUUUUUUUUGUAGGGGAAGGUCCCGCCCUCCUUCGCCUCUGAUUGGCUAUUCCUUAUGGCUGUCAAACGUCAUCGUCUGUCGGUUAGGGUUAGGAGUAUAUUGCAAAGUGGAACAACUACAAAAAAUCUAGAAAAUAAAGUUAGUUUUAUGAGAUUCAGAAUUGUGAUCAUGUUCUGGAAUGUUCUGUUCGAUGUACAGAGUCGACAACUCGCGCUCGGCUUGAGCGUGCGAUGACAUUUCACAGCCAAUCAGAGGCGAAGGAGGCGGGACCCUUCCCUUCCAUCCUCCGAAAAAAACAUAUAUUGCGGCCCGGCUAAUAUGCUAACUGAGGGAAGGUUUGAGAUUGCUAACGCUGUCAGUCUUCUUCACAAAGUGUUCAACUGACAUUUCAGACUCAAAAAGUCGAAGUUAGGUUUAUUAUCGAGCACAUUUGUUUAUAGUAGAUAUGUUUGAACACCCACAUGAGAGACAAUCACGGGAAUCAAGGUUUCAAUGUUGGUCUAAAUGCUAACUUUAGUCUUUCACCACAAGUUAAAACAAUAACAAGACGAAAUGUGAGUUUAAUAAAAAGGAUAAAGUGCUGAAUCUGUGAAUUAAUAGACUAAAACACUCUAAAGCUCAGUGUGAAAGCAGAUGGCACACAGAUAUGGUCAAACCUAAAAUAGUAGGAGUAAUAAUAGAAGUUAGGAGUGCUGGGUGUUUCCACAAUGACUUUAUACUAUCUUCAUCCCUCCCUCAAUCACCCAUAUUACCAUAAAUAAUCUUUUUGAAGAACAAUAUCAACUGUGAAAUAAUUGACAAAAUUGGAACGUAAAGGGAUAUUCCGGCAUAAAAUUAAUUUAGGGUCAAACAAACCUUAACACCGUGUUAGACACCCCCUCAAGAGAUGAAUGUUGCCAACUGUUUGUUUCUCUGGUUAUACUAACUUUAGUAACGACUGCAGGAUAACAAUACAGAGUGGUCUGAGGAGCCAUAAACAAACCUCAAUCAAAACGCCACUCUUCAGCCACAAAUAAUGCCCAGAACUAGAGAUGUACUGAUCCUAUUUUUUCCAAUCCAAUCCGAUACCGAUAUGUGGGCUGAGCGUAUCGACCAAUAUCUGAUUCCAAUCCAAUACUACUGUUGAAUGAACGAACUGCAUACCUUGCCCUGUGAGUGAAGGCAGCAGGCUUGAUAUUAGCACAACUCACCAUCUCUCUUUCAGCAGCCGCUUGUUUGUAUGGAGACCUCAGGUGAGUCCAUUACUGACUACAGCGGGGUUUCGCAGCUCAAGGAAGAUCAUUUCUGAUCAUGUCUUUAUCAUUUCCUUGAAGUAAUAAUCAUCAUAUUAAUCUUUUUGCACUGCAGAUGUGGUAGUUCUUCUGCCUUAGCGUCUCGGUCUGAUUGCAAAUGAUCAUAAAUGUUCUUCCUUGAGCUGCGAAACUCCACUGUAGUCUGUAAUUGCCAGGCCCGAGGUCUCGCUACAAACAAGCGGCUGCUGGAAGAGAGUAGGUGAGUUGUGUUUAGUCUCUUUGCUAAAGAAAUAAGGCAAAGUAAAAAAAGAUGUUUGGUGUCUAGUACUAUGACUGGGACCUUAUAUGUCCUGUUGAUGAAGUUAGGUGCUGUUCUGAGCAUUAUUUGUGGCUAUCGGUAACACGCCGGAAUAACGCCCUUUAACGUCUUUUAUUUUCGUCUUCUCCUGUUGCAGUAAGUUCCUCAUCUACUCCUGUCUGCUGCUGUUCUCCGUGUUGCUGUCUCUGAGACUUGAUGGAGUCAUCCAGUGGAGCUACUGGGCGGUGUUCACCCCCAUAUGGCUGUGGAAGCUGCUGGUCAUCAUCGGGGCCUCUGUGGGCACAGGAGUGUGGGCGCACAACCCUCAGUACAGGUGGAUAGACUUUGCCUUUCUCUUAAAAACCUCUACUGUCAAAAGCUUUAAUGUUUACAGAGAAAUCAACAGUUUAUACAUGUCCUUUUCUUCUGACACUAUAGAGCUGAGGGGGAGACGUGCGUGGAGUUUAAAGCCAUGCUAAUCGCGGUGGGGCUCCACGUCCUGUUGCUGAUGUUCGAGGUGCUUGUGUGCGACCGCGUGGCGAGAGGAAACUACUUCUGGCUCCUGGUCUUCAUGCCUCUCUUCUUCGUGUCACCCGUCUCUGUAGCAGCCUGUGUGUGGGGGUUCAGACACGACCGCUCCCUUGAGGUGAGGAGUCUGUAAAACUAAAAUCUGUAAUGUUGCAGUUGAAAAGUUAGAUUUACUGAUCAUCUUUCCUCUUCCUUUCUACCUAGCUGGAGGUGUUGUGUUCAGUAAACAUCCUUCAGUUCAUCUUCAUCGCUCUGAGGCUGGAUAGGAUCAUUAACUGGCCUUGGCUGGUGAGACAGACCUCAAACUAGCUCCUGCUUAUAUUUCACAAACAUUCAAGUUUAAUUCUUUAAUCUGUGACGUUUCUGUGUGAUUCUCAGGUGGUGUGUGUCCCGCUCUGGAUCCUGAUGUCGUUCCUGUGCCUUGUCGUUCUUUACUACAUCAUCUGGUCUGUCCUUUUCCUGCGCUCCAUCGACAUCAUCGCCGAGCAACGGCGGACUCACAUCACUAUGGCAAUCAGCUGGAUGACCAUCGUCGUCCCUCUUCUCACUUUUGAGGUGAGUUUAAAGCGCCGAUAUUUGGUCACUCCUCUGUACUCCAUGUGACAGGAUUAAACCCACGAUGCUGAAACAUAAAUACGGUGAAAAUUGACACAUUAACUUGGAUGGUUCCGAUCAGCUACGAUCGGCGGAUACGGCCUUUUCGUAGCCGUUCCGGAUGCGGUGGAAAUUAGGGGUAAGGGUCUAAUUUACAAAGUAGUUUGCACUAACAACAUGCCCACAGAGUCCUACAGCUCUGCACAGUUUUCUGUCAUCAUCUCCACUGAGCAGAGCUGCACUGUGCACUCUAAUCCUGACAUCUCAAUGUCUAUAAUCAUAUAUACUGAACUGAAUUGAGAGGGGAGGCUUUAACAUGUUAUUGUUUAGUGGAUUCAUGACACGAAUUUCACUGUUUGUAAAUGGUUUACUUCUGCGACGGAGUAUUGGAGCCACAUUAAGAAAAAAAAUGUGGACUUCGAGAUUCUAACAAGAAUAAAGUCGUAAUGAAGUUAUCACUUACGAGAAUCAAAUCAGUCUUCCCCUAGUGACCACAUUAUCAUGAGUCAUUAUGAUACUUCUGAUAAUGUGGUGCUGAUGUGCCAAAAGAUUACGUAUCUUCUUGUUUGAGAAACCUAAUACUCCGUCGUACUACUUCCUUGAGUGAGCUAGCAAAUAGAAAACAUGUCAUUGUGAGUGAUGUACGUGCUGUGGGUUCAGAUCAAGACAGCCCCAGACUGGUUUACCCCUUAAAUAUAUUUAAGCAAAUUUGCUGAUACUUCAUUGAAUUUGCAUCCCAGCAGCUCCUGGUUUGCAUCUGAGCCUCGGUCCAGCAUUUUAAGGUCUAAACAUUUAUCAGACUUACUUCUGAUUUCUUGUCUGAAAUAGUAGUAAUAACCCCCAUUAAAACUAUCCACUUCUUAAAGUGAGGGGAAAACUCACGCUCAACUCUGGGAUAAUAAAAUAUGCCUGCUCUGCCCUCUAGUGGCCUGAAUUGUGAACAACUGUGUUAAAAAUCUAAUUCGACUACAUGCUGCAGAAAUGAUGACUUAGUCUAAAACCUGAUAUUGGCGAAAAAAGAUCAAUUAAUCCCUCAUGCUAUAUUCCUUUAUCUUGUUGCUGAUCUUGACGUCCAGUUGUGUUUUUAGCGUUCAUUUAAAUCUGUCUUGGAUCAUCAGGUGUCGCCAUAUUUCCUCGCCUCGUCUAACAUCCUCAGACUCGUUAUUUCUUCUCUCUCUUCAGAUCCUUCUGGUGCACAAGCUGGACGGUCACAACAGUCUGAGCUACGUCUGUGUGUUCGUCCCGCUCUGGCUCUCGCUGCUCACCCUCAUGGCCACGACGUUUGGUCAGAAAGGAGGGAACCACUGUGAGUAUUAACCGCCUCCAUUCUUGGCCCUGCGGCGUUUUCAAAACAUCGUAGUCGUUAUUCACUCUCCUCUGUCCUUGGGUUUCACUUAGGGUGGUUUGGAAUCCGGAAGGACUUCUGCCACUUCCUCCUGGAGCUCCUCCCCUUCCUGCGAGAGUACGGCAACGUCUCCUACGACCUCCAGAGGAGCGAGGACCCCGAGGCAGCCGAGGAUCUCCCCGUUCCGGAGCCUCCUCCAAAGAUCGCCCCCAUGUUCCACAAGAAAACAGGCGUGGUGAUCACGCAGAGUCCGGGGAAGUACUUUGUCCCGCCCCCUAAACUCUGCAUCGACAUGCCGGACUAAAGCUCCCUGCUGACGGGGGCGGGACUGCCGCACUGAGGCGUUCAGGCUCUGGAGCUCAACCAGCAGAGUGGACGGGGGUUCGGUUUCCUCUGCUGUCUGCUCACCCAAAAACUCUGCAUCAACGUGGCUGCCUGGGGUGACACCGAAAAGAUGGUGGAUUUGAUCGGAUCCAAAAUCCUCUUACUGUUUUUUUUUUUUAAGGCGAACUGUCGAGGAUGAAAAAACUGAAUCAGAAACAGAGGACUGCUUUGUUUCCCACCUGAAGUUUCACUGUGUUCCUUCCUCCCACUCUGAUCCACUCUGAAGAGGAAAACUGACAGCAGAUCCCACUGACAGGAACCGGAGACCCUGGAUCUGCCCGGACUUCAACCUAAACCUCUGACUCUGUAACCGUAGAUCUUUGAGGUGUGUAUGAAUCAAAGAUGACUCUUGCCUUUCUCGUUUGAUGGGACCAUCGGAGAGACUUUUCGCUUGAAUUUGGGAUCAGAAAAAAAAAACCUUCACGCUUGUUCUGACUUUGGACCACGAGGGUGGAGAAAAGGAGGAGGAAGUGUGGUUAAAGGAAAGGUUUGGAUUUUUCAGGUCUGCGUUGUUGAUAUAAUAAUCGUAAUAAUCUCCUAAUGUGUCGGUCUACAGCUGGAGAUAAAUAACUGUAUAUUUCGCACUAUAAGGCGCACCGGAUUAUAAAGCGCACCAUCAAUGAACGCGUCUAUUCGCAUCAAUUUUCAUUCAUAAAGCGCGCACGGAUUAUAAAGCGCACCAAAUUAUUAUAACACGCACCAUCAAUGAACGCAUCUUUCCGCAUCUAUUUUCAUACAUAAGGCGCAUGAUAAUAAAGUAUACGGGAUUAUAAGGCGCACCAUCAAUGAACACGUCUAUUCGCAUCAAUUUUCAUACAUAAAGCGCAUGAAAUUAUAAAGCGCACCGAAUUAUUAUAACAUGCACCAUCAAUGAACGCAUCUUUCCGCAUCUAUUUUCAUACAUAAAGCGGACCAGAUUAUAAAGCGCACCGGAUUAUAAAGCACACCAUCAAUGAACGCAUCUUUCCACAUCAAUUUGGAUGCAUGAGGUGCACCGGAUUAUAAAGCGCACCUGAGUGUAAGGCGCAACAUCAGUGAACGCAUCUUUCCGCAACUAUUUUCAUACAUAAAGUGCAUUAGAUUAUAAAGCGCACCAUCAAUGAACGCAUCUAUUUCCAUACAUAAAGCGCACUGGUUCAUAAAGCGCACUGGAUUAUAAAGCGCAUUAAGCCGAACAAAGUGCUCCGACAAGCCAUCAGGCUGUGCGGCUUUGUAGCGUACUGAAGUCGUAAUAAAAACAUUUUGACAGAUUUUUGAGCGCUGUGUACCUCAUAAAAUCAGUUCGAGGUCAGUAAGCACAACCAGAAUUCAUACAUAAGUCUCACUGAGAAUUUUUGAGAAAAUCGAAGGAUUUAAAGUGCGCCUUAUAGUGCGAAAAAUACUGUAGUAGUUUCGCUGAAAAUGUCCCUCGGAUUUUUUUAAAAAACUGCAAAAUGAGCGAAAAGAAAUCCUCGUUCUUGAGAAGUUGGAGUUGUCCAUGUGAAAUAGUCGACCUCUGACCGUUGUAGCACUAUUUAUGCACUUUCAGUUUGAUAUAGAAGAGCGUCGUGAGGAACGUGAGAUCGAAAAUGUUCGUAAACAUGCAGAGAAAUAUCUGGACAUGACCUCGGGAUCUUUAAAGGAAUAUUCUGGCGUGAAAUUAAUUUAGGGUCAACACACCAUAACGCAGAGUUAGAAACCCCCUCAAGAGAUUAGUGUUGCCGACCGCUUGCUUUGAUAUUGACCGCACAAUAGCAAUACAGAGAGCCACACGCUCAACCCAGACGCCACUCUAUAGCCACAAAUAAUGCUCAGAACAGCACCUAACUUCAUCAACAGGACAUAUAAUACAUAAUAGACUCGGCCAGUCCAUUAUGGACUACAGCGGGGUGACGCAGCUCAAGGAAGAACAUUUCUGAUCAUUUCUUCAUCAUUUCCUUGAAGUUAUAGUCACCAUUUGCACUGCAGACGCGGUAGUUCUUCUUCCUUAGCGUCUCGGUCUGAUUGCAUUUCCAUAAAGAAAUGAUCGUAAAUGUUCUUCCUUGAGCUGCGAAACCCCGCUGUAGUCUGUAAUGGACUGAUCUGAGGUCUUGCUACAAACAAGCAGCUGCUGGAAGAGAGUAGGUGAGUUGUGUUUAGUCUCUUUGUUAAAGAAAUGAGUCAAAGUUAUAAAGAUGUUUUGUGGCCAGUGCUGUGGCGUUACUCAAGUUGGUAUAACUAGAGAAGCAAGCGGUCGGCAACAUUCAUCUCUCGAUGGGGGGUCUAACUCAGUCUUGCGGUGUGUUUGACCCUAAAUUAAUUUUACGCUGAAAUAUCCCUUUAAGUGAGGAUUUUAAUAUCUGAGGUGUUCUCCGAUAAGAGUCCAGACCAGCGGAUUGGAUAAUAAUUUGACCUUAAAGAACAAUCAAAGUGUCUCAAUUUCCUCUUUAGACUCUAAAGUAAGCAUGGACGAUAUCAGAUAUUUGCUAAUAUGCGAUAUUUUCCGAUAUUUACAAACUCCUUUUUUAAAGCGAAGAUCCCAAAGUUUCUCCUGUAGCAGAUUUUCUACCGAUCGUGACAUUUGAUCCAACUCUAAAUGAGAAAUGCACGUUUUCGUUUUUUCCAGUAACACGUCUGCCGUCUGUUUCCGACACUUUAAGCACUCCGAACAUCACGUGCACAGACUUGAUCGAGUAUUUCUGCAGAAACGUUCGUAUCUGCCGAUCCAGAUAUCGAUAAAAUCACUCCAUCACUCCACAAACAAAAAGUCGAGACCUGAAAAAUUCUGAACCUUUCCUUUAAAAAAAACAAAACAAAAGAGAACAACUGAAACAGCACUUUGUCAAACCUGUUCCAGGAGCAGUCCUUCCUGUCUGAACUGUCAGUUUUGAGUUUUGUGUUUCUUUUCUUUUUAUUUUCCUUGUAAAUAUCAGAUGUUUCAAAAAAAAAUAUUAGGGACCAGAUGUUAAAGACGGCUGAAACAGAAAGAAAAAUAACCACGAUACAAGCUGAAUUUCUGCAAACAAUCACUCGCUUUGUCUGAAAUCACGCCGGACAACCUUUGAAUCACAGCCCAGGAUGUUCCUCCGCUCUCCUCUGAACAUUUACGGCUGUAAUGAUUCUAAUAGUCAUGAAAAUCCACUCCUGACGUAUAGAGAGUAUUACUCCUGAUUCCCCGUCUUCAGAUUUACUCAGAACAGAACAAUCACCCGUUUCUCUCUUUUUUUCCUUCGUUCUGAUUCGCUGGAGUGUCCAGCUUGCUGUGUACGUUUUUUUUUCUACAUAUCCUCUUCACCCUGUUUUUUUCCAUUAAAGCUGUCUGAUUUAUUCACAAUUCAAGUCAGAACAACUCGACUUUCUUCUGGUGAUAGCUGCCCACACAGACAUCCUCACUGUUGUGUUCAUAUAUUUAUUUUUAGCAUUAAACUCAAGAUUUCACCCUGAAA